AUGAAUUCUUUGGAAAAUUUGAACAAUAAGCAAAGCAUACGUUUAAAGGAGUGGGAAGAUAAAGAUAGCUCAAUAGCAGAGCUAGUUGCACAUUAUUCUAAUGCUAGUAAAAACCGAGAAUCCUCAAUUUCCAAAGAUCUUAAAUGGGGGACACAAGAGAUUUUUGCUUUGGAUUCUAUUGUUGGAGUUGAUAAAAAAGCUUACAGUUUUUGGUUAAGAAUCACCGGUAAUUAUAACCAAUAUCAUGGACUAUCACGAGAAAAGCUACAAGAUGAAGGUGUAGCAUUCAAUCUUGAGUAUGCAUGGUGGUUGUUAAAAGAUGAACCUAAAUGGAUGGGAGCAUCGACUAAAAAUUCUUUAAAAAGAAUAAAGAAUUAUGCUAGCAAGGCACACUCAUCAAGUUAUGAGUAUAACUCAUCAUUACCAAUGGAGCGUCCAAUGGGGAAAAAAACAACAAAAAGUAAGUGUAAGGCAAAGGAAAAUGCAAAUGCAUCUGAAUAUCCUUCUAAUGUUGUGCAAGAUACAUGGAAUAAAAGAGUAGCAGAAAUGGAAAUACUAGCUCAAUGUAAGGAGGAAGAGAUGGAGUUUAAAGCAAUAAAACUCAUCAUGAAAGACACUUCUACGAUGAAUGAUAGUCAACGUGAUAUUCAUGAAAAAUAUUGUAAAAAGCUGAAAGAAAAAUAUGGAUAUUAG